AUGAAUUUUGUUGAGGGAAAACAAAGCAAAGAACAAGCUGGGGCCAUAAGAUCGCAGCCUUCGCUUCCUUCGAAUUAUCCUAAGAUGCCAACGAAACAGGUAACAUACCGCAAUGAUAAAGUGGUGGUAGUGAGGGUGUAUGUUGAGAAGCCCAGGAAGAAGAGGUCGUCAUCUUCAAUUCAGCAUCAGUAUUAUGAUCAUAUCCAUCAUAGAAUUAGAGAUGAGGUAGGUCAUGGCGCUACUAAUAUGAGAUGUGGUAGAAGAGCAGAGUUGCUUAGGUACUCUCAUCUCCUACGUGAGUCUGCAAGAGGAGCAUUAUCAGCACCUUCAUUCUCCAAGUGGGUUACAAACAACAAUCACCAGCCUCCAACCCAGAUAGCCCCUUCCAACAUGAAAAAGCCAACUUUCUUUGGCAGCUGGAAACUGCUGAUUCCAAGGUUCCUAAGGUCAUGGUCAAUAGCCAAAAAUAAGGAGAAAAAGACGAAACACACGGGUGGAGAUAUUUUAGGAAAUGGAAUGAAAAUUAUAUGCUGUUACAGAUCCUGA